CGUGGGCUCCCAGAGCUGCUACAUCGCGGUGGCCCGGGCCGGGGGCAUCGAGACCAUCGCCAACGAGUUCAGCGACCGCUGCACCCCUGCUCUGCACAUAGUAAGGGCUUAACAAAUACCACGAGGACGAUGAUGAAGAGAUUUCAGUAGGGCGGAGAGCCUGUCGAUGAGUAGUAUUUACCGAGCCGCCGCUGGGAGAGUACGGACGAAGACACGGUCCCCGCCCACCGGAAGAUUACAAUUCAGCAGAUCGGUGAUUUCUUUUGGAUCGAAAAACCGCACGAUCGGCGUGGCCGCUAAAAACCAGCAAAUCACUCACGCGAACAACACGGUGUCGAACUUCAAGAGAUUCCACGGCCGUGCGUUCAAUGACCCUUUCAUUCACAAGGAGAAGGAAAAGCUGAGUUUUGACUUGAUUCCCAUGAAGAAUGGCGGCGUCGGAAUAAAGGUAAUGUACAUGGAUGAGGAGCAUUUCUUCAGCGUGGAGCAGAUCACGGCCAUGCUGUUGACCAAACUAAAGGAGACUGCUGAGAACAACCUCAGGAAGCCAGUGACUGACUGCGUCAUCUCCGUUCCCUCCUUCUUCACUGAUGCGGAAAGGAGAUCAGUCCUGGAUGCUGCUCAGAUUGUUGGCCUGAACUGCCUAAGGCUAAUGAACGACAUGACAGCGGUUGCUUUGAAUUAUGGGAUUUAUAAACAAGACCUUCCAGCCCUAGAAGAGAAGCCCCGGAUAGUGGUGUUUGUGGAUAUGGGACACUCUGCUUUCCAAGUGUCUGCCUGUGCUUUUAACAAAGGCAAACUGAAGGUCCUGGGUACGGCCUUCGAUCCUUUCUUGGGGGGCCGGGAUUUCGACGAGAAGCUGGUCGACUACUUCUGUGCCGAAAUCCAAGCCAAGUACAAACUGGAUCCCAGGUCAAAAAUCCGAGCCCUCCUGCGCCUCUACCAGGAGUGCGAGAAACUGAAGAAGCUGAUGAGCUCUAACAGCAUGGACCUGCCCCUGAACAUUGAGUGCUUUAUGAAUGACAUCGACGUCUCUGGGAAAAUGAACAGAUCGCAGUUUGAGGAACUGUGCGGCGAUCUUCUUCAGAAGGUAGACGCUCCUCUCCACACCCUAAUGGAACAAACCCAGCUGAGAGUAGAAGACGUAAGUGCGGUGGAGAUUGUCGGAGGAACCACGAGAAUCCCCGCGGUCAAGGAGAAGAUCGCCAGGUUCUUUGGCAAAGACGUCAGCACGACGCUGAACGCGGACGAAGCCGUCGCAAGAGGUUGUGCUCUUCAGUGUGCAAUCCUUUCCCCAGCCUUUAAAGUAAGAGAGUUUUCGGUCACAGAUGCCGUCCCUUUCCCAAUCUCUCUCGUCUGGAGCAACGAUUCGGAAGACACCGACGGGGCUCACGAGGUGUUUAGCCGGAACCAUGCAGCUCCUUUCUCCAAAGUUCUUACCUUCUAUAGAAAGGGGCCGUUUGAGCUAGAAGCCUUCUACUCUGACCCCGCAGGUGUUCCUUACCCUGAGGCAAAAAUCGGUCGCUUUGUGGUCCAGAAUAUUUCAGCCCAGAAAGAUGGAGAGAAGUCCAAGGUGAAAGUCAAAGUGCGCGUUAACACCCACGGCAUCUUCACCGUCUCUACGGCGUCUAUGGUAGAGAAGGUUCAGUCGGAGGAAAACGAAGACUCCUCUGUCGAGUGCGACGUGGACUGUCCGAACCACAGGCCAGCCGAAAACUCGGACAGUGAUAAAAAUGUCCAGCAAGACAACAGUGAAGCUGGAACACAGCCCCAGGUACAAACCGAUGACCACCAAACUCCACAGUCUCCCCCUCCACCUGAACCUCCCUCCGAAGAACACAAAAUUCCAGAUGCUGACAAAGGAAACGAGAAGAAAAGCGACCAGCCUCCAGAAGCCAAAAAACCCAAGAUGAAGGUGGUGAACGUGGAACUGCCCGUCGAAGCAAACUUGGUCUGGCAGCUGGGCAGAGACCUUCUCAACUUGUACAUUGAGACGGAGGGCAAGAUGAUCAUGCAGGACAAGCUGGAGAAGGAGAGGAACGACGCCAAAAAUGCCGUGGAGGAGUACGUGUACGAGUUCCGGGACAAGCUGUCUGGGCCGUAUGAGAAGUUCGUGGGGGAGCAGGAUCUGCAGAGCUUUUUGAGGCUCCUGACAGAAACCGAAGACUGGCUGUACGAGGAGGGAGAAGACCAGGCCAAACAGGCCUACGUAGACAAACUGGAUGAACUGACGAAACUGGGUACCCCCAUUAAGAUCCGAUGUCAAGAAGCCGAGGAACGGCCCCGGGCGUUUGAAGAAUUGGGGCAGAGACUGCAGCAUUAUGCCAAGAUAGCUGGGGACUACAGGAACAAGGAUGAGAAGUACAUCCACGUCGACGCAACGGAAAUGAAGAAGGUGGAGAAAUCCGUCAACGAAAUGAUGGAGUGGAUGAAUAACGCUCUGAACGCCCAAGCCAAGCAAAGCCUCGCUCAGGAUCCAGUUGUCCGCGCAAGUGAAAUAAAAGCCAAAGUGAAGGAACUGAGCAGCGUGUGUGAGCCCAUCGUCACCCAGCCCAAACCCAAAGUUGAAUCGCCCAAGCAGGACAAGCCUCCAAACGGCCCCGUCCCGGAUCAGAAUGGGGACGUGGCCGGCAAAGCCCAACCCGAUGCGGACGUGCCACAGCAGAACGGCGACUGUCACCCCGGGGACAAGAACCCGGACGUCGGCAUGGACCUGGACUAGGGGGCUAAGCGGGGGUCCGGGUGGGGUGGCGGGGAGGUGGGGGGCAGGCAGGGGCUUCCCAGCGAUGAAGACGACAUUCUUGCCAGAGGCGGCGGCUCUCUGAACCACAUUUGGGACUAUUUGUAUUUUUCUUUUUUUUCUUUUUUUUAAAAGAACGGUGAGACCUCUCUGUACUAUAUGGAAAAAAAGAAAAGCCGAAGUCUGUGGUCACGAUGAUCCUAAAGGAAAAUUGCCUUGGUAACUUUCAGAUUCCUGUGGAAUUGUGAAUUCAUACUAAGCUUCUGUGCAGUAUUAACCCUUUGCAUCACUGAGGAUGAAACUGAAUUUGUCUCUGAAGAAAUUAAUGUACUGCUCACUCAAGAGGGCUGGGAUUGAGAUGUUUAAGCAUUUGUUUCUGCCAAGGUCGUUUUCUUGCAUUUUGCCCUCCCAUUUCAGCACGUGGAUGUGUGUGUACGUGUGAGUGUGUAAAAUGGUAAAAUCUGAACUCUCAAGGGCUUUCCAAAAUAGAUUCUAAGGGGGGGCCGGGGGGGGGGCGG